AUGUCCACUUCACAUUCGACUCCACAGCACAUUACCCAUUUAAUAAAUCUAAGCACUCUGUGUACACUAUGGUCACAAACACACAUAAAAUCUCGGGCUUUAUUCAAUUCGCUACACAAUGUAAAUUCACAACGUCAAGACACGUUAUUUCUUCUCUCAUCAAAGACUUCAUUUCUCGUUUCGAAUCUAAAUUCAAUUUCUUCAUCUGAAGAAAUAUGUGAUGAAGAUCCCAUUCUCAAUCAGAAACUAUUGCACACCUUAAUCUACAAACAAUCGUGUGAAAUUGAAUCAAUUCUUUUGAAAAUUCAUCAAUCUUUGGAUGAAUUUGAAAAGAUCCUAAAGGAAAUGCACGGAAUUUAUGAGAGAUCAAAUCGACUAAUCGGUGUUCACACGAAUGAAGUUAUAACGAACAAUAAUAGUGGCGCGAAAGUAAUUUCUCCCUCUCCCUCUUCCACAUCCGAAUCUCAGUUCUCCACUGAUCAAGUCAAAUCCUCUCCCUCUUCUUCAGCAACCAAAAAGAAAUCACCCUCAAAAUCCAAAAAGAAAUUCAAUUCUUCAUCUUCGCCUUCAAAGACCUCAAGUAUUCAAAAUCUCUUAAAAGGUGAUAAAAAAGGAGGAGACAUAGCUGAGAUCUCAAUUCCCUUGUCUAAUCUUUAUUGUACCCGAGUCUUGGAAAAAUAUAGUCGGGAAUUAAUCUAUAAACGAAACUUGAUUCAAGGUGGGACUUUAAAAGUUGAUCAGAUUGAAAGUGUGAAAUUUGUUGCGGAACUUUGGGAAGAACAUUCUUUUAUGACUGAAAAUCAAGUAGAAGAAAACAUUUUGGAUAGAAUAAAAAUAUGGAAACGUGUAAAUGAAUAUCUUGAGGUUAAUUCUUAA